AUGAUCCUGCCUAUUAUUGAUUAUUUAACUCCGGCUAUAACAUGCAUAUUCAAUAAUUCCAUUAAUUCCUGUACCUUUCCUGACUCCUGGAAAGAUGCUCAAAUAAUCCCUCUACCUAAAAAAAAUAAUCCUUCGUCUUAUGGUGAUUACCGUCCUAUUUCCAUCCUUCCAUUUCUUUCUAAAGUUCUUGAGCGUCUUGUACAUCAACAACUUAACCUCUUCCUGUCUUCCUACAACCUGCUAAAUCCUUUUCAAUCUGGUUUUAGAUCUGGCCAUAGUACGGCUACUGCAUUAGUCAAGAUUACCGAUGACAUCAGAUUAGCUAUGGAUAACCAGGAAGUUACAAUUUUAUCAUUGCUUGAUUUUAGUAAUGCUUUUAAUACUGUAGAUUUCGACAUACUCCUGGCUAUACUAAAUUCUCUUAAUGUAUCUCCAUCGAUGCCUCGUUAUUGGUGCGAGAGUAGACUGAGAUCAACUGGGAAGCGUCGCAGCAUUGUGCUGGGAAGUAUUGCGAAACGCAGCCGAUCUCGGACGUGUGCUCGAGGCUCAAGGCAACGUCAUCGUUCACCAGCAGAGCUCCACGCCAAACGUCGUGACACCGAGCGUCGCAGAUCAAGAAAAUCACCUCCAAGGAAGCCCCAGGCAAGAAGUCGAAGCAGGUCAGUUGUAACAUCUCCACUACAGCGUAAGGGUGGUGCCUUGGACACGCAGUUACGUGAAUCGAUAGAUAGACUAAUAGAUCAUCGUAGUAGUAGUAGGCAAAAGCGUCACAGAUUAAAGACUCCUUGUAGAGAAAGAGUUAGUAGAUCACGUAGUCCAGUACAUGAUGUUAAUGGUGAAUUACUUAAAUGUAUUAAAGAGUCCUUGCAAUCUAUUUCUGUUGUACAACCACAAAGUAAAGAUGGUUUUCCUAAUAACAAUGUAGUACCAGAAUUUGAUCCUAAAUCAAAAAAUCAAACUAUUGAUACAUGGUUGCAUAAAGUAAAAGAAUGCUCUGAAAUUUAUGGUUAG